AUGGCCAAUGUACGCACAUUGCAAGAUAUCAACUCAAAAGGACAUCGGCUUGGCAGUAUACGUGAACAAGAACUUGAGAAAUCUUUAGAUCUCACCAUAAGGUCUAUAUCCGAGUUAAAUGACUGCAAUGAACAAUUGCAAAGUAAAUGCGUAAAACAGACGAAGGACUCUAAUCAGGAAAGAAAGCAAUGGGAUAAGGAAAAAAAACAGUGGGGUCGUGGUAUAAAGCUAGUCAAUGACGAAAAUCAGAAACAGUGUGCUCACAAUCUGGAAAUUAUUAAUGAAGCUAAACGAUUAAAGAUAGAAAAUAUUACACUUAUAUCUCGGGAUGGUCGCAAUCAGGAAUCUCUUGUCGAUUAUAGCAACAAAUUACAGAUAAAAUCGAAAGAAGUAACAUCGCUCAAAUCUACGAUAAAGUCUCUAAAAAAGAAGUUGGAAUCGGCCCAAGAAAACUCGUUUCUGAAAGUAUCCGAGAUUGAGACUCUCAAUACCAAAUUAUCUGAGGUGGAGGGUCUACUGUCCACAAAAGAAUCCGAGUUCGAGAACCUCAAGACUAAAUUAUCUAAAUUGGAGGUUGAACUGGCGUCAAAAGAGUCGGUAAUACACUCUUUAGAAUCCAAGUUAUCAUCAGGAUCAAUCAAGAUCGGUGGUGAGACAGAUAAAAAAAAUGUACCAAAUUUCGCUGAUACCUUUGCAGUUAAUAAACCUAUAAUGAAUUUUAGUAAAUAUUUACGCAAAAAAAGUAUGGACCAGAUAGAAGAAAUCGAUAUACCCCAAUCCAGUGAUACCGUAAAUAAGGUUAAUGAUGAGACAAAGCCUCAAAUACUCGAUUCUUCGAGAUCAAUUAAUAUGAAGUCUUCUACCAGUAACGCUGAUAUUUCACAAAUAGUAGAGACUAAAGAUUUUUCAGAAGAAGUCAUCUCUAAAACUGAUUUCAUUGGAAAUGAUCAAAGUUAUGCGACUAAAACAAAAAUGGCCGAGAUAUUACCUAUUGGGGCAUUAGGGCUUAUUAUUUGGAAUAAAGAAAAAUCUACGAAGUCCAAAUCCGAAAAUAGUUCUGAUCGAAGUAAAAUUUCAGCGAUGAUAAGCGUAAAAUUAACUGGAAAAAGACAAAGAAGCAGUGAUGAUGUAGGUUUAUUUGGCUCGCAAGAAAGUGAAGAGGAACAAGAAAAUAUAGAAAUUCCAGAUAAUUUAGAUUUAACAAAGCGAAAUAUGGGAUUUUAUCGUUGUCGUUAUAUCCUUCGAACUGGUGAGGAAUGUAACCGGGGAAGUUAUCGUCCAGAGGGUUGUGAAGAUCAUUGGGAUUCUCCUAGACCUGUACCUUGCGAAGAGUGUGGUAGGCUAACUGGAUCUAAAUAUAAGUUAUGUAUUUUACAUGCUAAACAUCGAAGAAUAGUGGAAUACUACCGGAAAAAGCUUGAAAAGCUCUCCCAAAGUGGACCCGAGGGGAUUUUUGUGACGCAUGAUUCUGGUCAAAGUAAAAAUUCUUUUGAUAUGGUAAUACGUAAAAGUAAUACGCAAAG